AUGCAUAAAAUGACUAUUCAAGAAAUGAAAUAAAUUUUAGAAUAAAAGAUUGAUUUUGAUUGUUAAGCUACUUAAAAUGCUAUGAAUAAAUUGGGUUUAAAUUAAUGGGCAUUUUAAAAGGUUAGCUAUUUAGAAUAUAUGACUGCAAAUAAUAAUUAGUAAGAUUAUUUUACAUAUUUACAUUCUAUUGUAAUGAACAUAAAAAAAUUGCAGUAAGAAAUAGCAAAAAUGAAUUCAAAAGAUAAAUCUAUUGAUUGUACAGAGCCAGGAAAUAUAGAUGAGAUUAUAGCAAUAUUAGAUCAAAGAAUGUAGAAGAAAAUAAGUAAUAACAGUUAACCUCGUAUAAUAUCAUAUAGAGAGAAAACUUAAGAGAGAGAUGAGAGAAAAUCAAGAAUAAUAAAAUUGAAUCAACAUUAGAUAAAAUCAAUAACAGAGAGAACAUUGAUAUCACAAUAAUCGCCACCUAAAGAUCAAAAUACUUUUAUUUCUCAAAGUCCAGAUAGAAUCAUACACAAGAGUAAAGUUGUGCAUUAUGGAUAGAGUUAAUAAUUUCCAACAAUUAAAGUGUUGCUGAUUUGUAUUCUAAAUAACAGGCUUCAAUUGAAGCAAGUACUAUGGAACAAUUAAAUGAAUCAUUACGUAAAUAAAUACCUGACAAGAAUAUAACUAUUAUUACAGGAAUUCGUUAAAGAUUGAAGGAUAGUAAUUGUAGUAAAUAAUCUAUUGAUGAAUUUAUGAAUAAAAUUGCAAAAUUAAGAUGUGUAUCAUAAUAAUCUAUUGAAAGCAAUAGGAAGAUUUAAACUCCAGCAAUUAAAAUAUUAAAAAAGAAAAAUUCUAAUAUAAUUACAACAAAAUUAGAAAUGAUGUUGAAAAAGGAAAAAUUAAUUAUUCCAGAUGAACCCUUAAAAAUUUAUCCAUUAAAAAUAGGAAGUAUUAUGGGUGUUAUCUAAAAGAUUAAAAAUUAGAAAUCAAAAUAAAAGAUAUUUUAACAACUUAACUAAUGA